GAGAGCACACAGGGAGACAGCGUGUGACCCACAGAGAGGACAAGGUGUUUAUGGUAUAACUAUGGCUAAGGUUGUCCGAAUCGUUAAGACUCUUCGGAAUCACUGGAAGAAAAGCACUGUAGGAUUUUGCCUGCUGGGGUAUGGAGGCCAUUGGGCUUAUGGCAAAUAUUGUGAUAACUUGCUGAGAAGGGCUGCGUGCCAGGAAGCACAGGUGUUUGGAGACGAGCUGAUUCACCCCAGUAUAGCUGUGAAGAAAGCGACUGUUUUCCUGAAUCCUGCUGCCUGCAAAGGAAAAGCCAGGAACCUCUUUGAGAAGAAUGCAGCUCCCAUUCUGAACUUGGCUGGAAUAGACAUCACGGUGGUAAAGACAGACUAUGAAGGCCAAGCCAAGCAGCUGCUGGAGUUGAUGGAAGGCACAGAUUUGAUUAUUGUGGCCGGGGGAAAUGGCACCUUGCAAGAGGUGAUCACCGGACUCCUCCGCAGGGCUGAUCAGGCUUCCUUCAGUAAAGUCCCCAUUGGAUUUAUUCCUCUUGGAAUGACUAACACCCUCAGUCGAACCUUGUAUCCUGAGACUGACAAUCAAGUCCAGCUUAUCUCAGAAGCAACACUUUCUAUUCUGAAAGGAGAAACAGUCUCUCUUGAUGUGCUUCAGAUAAAGGGAGACAAAGACCAGCCAGUGUUUGCAGUAAAUGGGUUAAGAUGGGGAAGCUAUCGAGAUGCGUCUGUAAAAGCAAGCAAAUAUUGGUAUCUUGGGCUGCUGAAGACACGAGCUGCGCAUUUGUUUAGCACGCUUAAGGAGUGGCCCCAGAGACACCAAGCCUCUAUCUUAUUCCUGGGACCCACAGAAAGACCUCCAGAAGAACCUGAACAAAAGGCAACACGCCCUCCUUUGCAUAUCCGGAUAUACAGAAGACUGGCUUUGUAUUGGGCAUCUCCUAAAAUCGAAGUUCCAGUUGAACAACCUGCAGAACCUUGGCAGGAAGAGCAACUCUCUGGAGUGGAACUGUCCAUUACCACACAGAACCAUCAGCCUAACCUCAGCCGCACCCUCGAUUCCAUGAAUAUCUGCAUUGAACCAGACUCUCUAAGUAGAGGAGACUUCAUUAAAAAAGGCAUUGAGAAGGUACAGGACCCGCUAUUGUGCCUGGAGGGCAGCCAGGUGUUCCACGCCAGCCGCUGUAGAAUGCAACUUCCACAGGAAACUGAGGGACACUACAGUAUAGACUCUGAAGAAUAUGAGGCAAUGUCGGUAGAAGUUACACUCUUGCCACGCAAGCUUCGGUUCCUGUGUCAUCCAACAGUAAAGCAGCAGCUUAGUCAAAGCUCCUCAGAGGCAGUACUAUCCUAGAAUUGCAUAGCAGUGGACUGGUUGCCAAUGCAAGGCCUUCAGGAAGGAUUUUGAGGGACAAUGCAAAUUAGUCCAUAAAAUGAUCCACAUCUGACAAUCUAUAGGAAGCCAACCGCACAGCUAGGGAUGACCGCAGCCAUGGCAUCCUUGUUGGAGAAGGGAUGCCUUUUGUGUAUUACUAAAGAACAUUUUCUGUGAAAUACUGUCAUGCAUUUCUUAUUGGGACUAAUUCUAUAAAGCUUGAACUGGAA